AGGAAGGAAUAAGAGCCUGCUUCUGUCUGCCACUCCUGCCACUCCGCUGCUGCAGCCAGAGACCACAAAACAGCAAAGCAGAACCUGUAGGAUGUCUGAGCUGGAGAAGGCUAUGGUGUCCCUCAUUGAUGUUUUCCAUCAAUAUUCUGGAAAGGAAGGUGACAAGCACAAGCUAAAGAAGUCUGAACUCAAGGAGCUCAUCAACAAUGAGCUUUCCCAUUUUUUAGAGGAAAUCAAGGAGCAAGAGGUUGUGGACAAAGUCAUGGAAACGCUGGACAGUGAUGGAGACGGCGAAUGUGACUUCCAGGAAUUUAUGGCCUUCGUUGCCAUGGUUACCACUGCCUGCCACGAGUUCUUUGAACAUGAGUGAAAUGGAGAAAGCAGCCAGCCUGUCCUUGUAACAGAGAUGAAGGUCAUACAAGGCAGCACAGAGCAGGGGCUUGCUGACUAGUAGGAGCAGAGCUUUUCAGGCGUGUUGUAGCUAAUUAGGAAGCUUAUUUGCUUUGUGAGUGAAAAAAUGAAAACCUCUUUCCAAGGGUGGUUUUUAAAGCCCCACACUAUUAUUCUGCUAUGUUAUUAGGCACACACAUAAGCUGACUGGUCCCAAGGACUCUUGGUAAUAAUAUUUUGGGAAACUCAAGGCGUAGUUACAAAGCAUGGGUUAUAGAGGCUGCCACGGGCGUGUAGAAUCCUAACUCAGAAAAACAAAACUGAUGACCGAAAAUGACUCUGGGGGCAUUUGUGGUUUCCCUGGAGUCCCUGGGUGCUGUAAACAGUUAUCGACUACUAACCGAAGGAUUGGAGGUUAGAGUCUACCCACAGGUGCCUCAGUAGAAAGGCUUACUUUUGAAAAAUCACCCACUGAAAACGC